AUGCCAAACUUAAAUUCAAACAGUCCAGAAAAUAAAAGUGUGAUAAUAUCAAAGCGACGUUUACAUGUUGACUCAAAACCUGGGGACAUGGGACGACCAGUAGUAGUACCGGAAAUUUUACCAGUGUAUAUUAAAAAAUUAGUGGACGACGGAUGGGAAAAACAUGCAUUUAACCAAUACGUUAGUGAUUUAAUAUCGGUUAGAAGAACAUUACCGGAUCCAAGGGAUGCAGAAUGUAAAAAACCUGGAAUGUAUUUAGAACAUUUACCCAAAACAUCAGUUAUAAUUUGUUUCCAUAAUGAAGCAUUGAGUGUUCUAUUACGAACUGUUCAUUCCGUUUUGGAUCGAUCACCAGAUCAUCUCAUUCAUCAAAUUAUUCUUGUUGAUGAUUUCUCAGAUAUUCCCUAUACAAAGAAUGAAUUGAUGGAUUAUGGAUCGAGUUAUAAAAAAAUUAAAAUUGUUCGAACACCAAAACGAUUGGGAUUAAUACAAGCACGUUUAUUAGGUUUGCAACAUGCCACCGGUGAAGUAUUAACGUUUUUGAAUUCGCAUUGUGAAUGUGCUUCUGGUUGGUUAGAACCAUUAUUAGAUCGGAUUGCACGCAAUUCCACGACGGUUGUUUAUCCAGCCAUCGAUAUUAUUGACGAUGUAACAUUUGAAUACCAAGUUAGAAAUAAUACAGCUAUACAAAUUGGUGGUUUUGAUUGGUACUUAAGAUUUAAAUGGCAAUCAAUACCUGAACGAGAAAGAAGCCGACGUAAUCAUAGCUCUGAACCAUUAUGGAGUCCAACAAUGCCCGGUGGAGUAUUUAGUAUUGAUCGAAAUUUUUUUGAAAAACUUGGGACCUACGAUAGUGAUUUCUAUAUAUGGGGUAGUGAGAACUUAGAAUUAUCGUUUAAAACCUGGAUGUGUGGAGGUACUUUAGAAACCAUUCCAUGUUCACAUGUUGGGCACAUUUAUCGAAAACGUUCGCCAUACAAAUGGCAAGAAGAUGCAAAUGUAACCAAACGGAAUACCGAACGACUUGCAGAAGUUUGGUUGAACGAAUAUGCAAAAUAUUAUUACGAAAAAAUUCAAUACACAUUGGGUGAUUAUGGAAAUAUAACAGAAAUGAAAGCACUGCGGGAACGACUUCAAUGUAAAUCAUUCAAAUGGUAUUUAGAUAACAUAUACCCAGAGAGGUUUAUUCCUGGCAAUGCAGUGGCAAGUGGCGAGAUAAGAAAUGGAUUCUUAUUUUCUAAGGAAACUGAAUACUGUUUGGAUUCCUUUGGACACGGACAAAUUCAAUUAUAUCCAUGCCAUAAAGCAGGUGGCCAUCAGUAUUGGUUGAUAAGUCAAGCUGGUGAAAUUAGAGAUGACGAAUCGUGUUUGGAUUAUGCUAGUAACCAUGUUGUGUUAUAUCCAUGUCAUGGAUUAAAAGGAAAUCAACAAUGGACUUACAAUGAAAUAACGCAAUUACUUUAUCAUGAAUCUACUAAAAAGUGUUUAAGUAUAAAUGAAAGAAAUGCAAAAUUGGCUAUGGAACUUUGUGUAAGAAAUCUUGCAAGAAUGCAAUGGAUUAUAGAAAAUUUUAAUGCCAGUGCCAGCAGAAUGAAAGAGAAGUAA